AUGGUAUAUAGGGGUCAGUCUGGGAGAUUUGUUGGUAGUGGAUCGAGUCAGCCUACUUCCAACUCUGCAGAGGCAUGGUUAGUGCAGGAACCGAUGCCGGGUGGGCCUGAGGAUGGGUCAGUUAUCCUUAGUUUUGGCGGUCACGUGGCACGGUAUAUCUGGAUGGAACAGGAGCGUAGUGUUUUGCGCUGUUUGAGUAGGACAAAGUUAUGUUCUGACUUGUUCACUUGGCGAGGUCGUCAAUCUGUGGAGGACCUUGCGGCGAUUGAUGCUACCAGAUACGAAUACCUUUCACAUGCCAUUUGGGGAGAUUACGAUCUUGCUGCACGACGUGUACAACAUACUUGGGUUACGGGUUGCACGGACGUGUUACGGGACGCGUGCUCGGUCACCAUGGAUAUGACUCUAGAUGAUCUGUCUGAGGUUUGCGGCACAAAGACCAUUUGGCAGGGUAGUGGGGUGUUGACUGAUAAGAUUUUUGAGCCGACAUUGGCGGUUGACCGGGAUUUUAGUGAGCAGCUUGAUGCAUACUUGUGGUUAGUGCUUGGAGGUACACUGUUUGUAGACAAGAGUGGUAACCGUACGCAUCCUUCCUUCCUCCACGAGCUAUGUCACACGGAUGUCUCUAUUAACGAGUAUGCUUGGGGAACAGCUGCACUGGCCUACUUGUAUCGGCAACUGGGCACGGCAUCACGGAAAGGUGUUGAUUCGAUUGCUGGUUGUCUCACGCUUCUGCAAGCGUGGAUUUACGAGUACUUUCCAUGCUUUCGGCCACAGCAGGGUACCUUAACCCAGGACCUUCAAAUGCCUCGUGCGUCUGCUUGGGAUGUUGGAGCGGGAUGUCCUAGCAAGAACCUGGAGAGCCUGUUAGCUUUUCGUACUAGGAUUGAUGCGCUUACUGACCGUGAGGUGAACUGGCUACCGUACGGAGCUGAUCCUGCAUUACGAGUGCCCCCCACUUUAUUCAUUGGCUGCAUCCAGUACCGUAACAUCAUUGAGCCAUACAUGCCUGAUAGAGUGGUGCGCCAGCUUGGUUUCGUGCAAGGCAUUCCCCGCGAGAUCAUCAGGCCAGAGAAGGCCAAGAGGCCGACUAACUUGAAGAUGUAUCGGGUUUAUCCCUGGGGUAUCUCAGAGUGUUGUUUUAGGUGCCUUACCCAGGCUUAG